AUGGCUAGGAAGUUGAAAGGAAAAAUUGGAAGUAAAGGCCUAAAAGGCGCUUUGUUAAGACAUCAAGCUAAAGUGAAGUUAGUGAAAAAUAUUGAAAGUAAGCAAAAUCAUGAAUUGAAGAAAAGAAAGUUGAACACUAGUAACAAGAAAGUGAAAAAAAACCAAGAAUUGCAAAAGCUUAACCAAGAAAAAUUUAUACCUUUUGAAAAAGAUGAAACCAUAAUGCUUUGUGGUGAAGGUGAUUUUUCAUUUGCCAGAUCCAUUGUUGAACAAGGGUAUGUUGAAAGUGAGAAUUUAAUUAUAACGAGCUACGAUAAUUCUGUGGAUGAGUUGAAGUCGAAAUAUCCACAUACUUUUGAGGAUAAUUACCACUUCUUGAAAGACCUAAAAAUCCCAAUAUUUUUCCAGAUUGACGUUACGAAACUAGUAAAAAGCUUCAAAAUCUCCAAAAAUAACACUUGGUUUAAGAUAAUCAACAGAUUUGGCGAUCAUAAUUGGGGUAACAAGUCUUUACAAAAUAUAUUAUUUAAUUUUCCUCAUAAUGGAAAAGGUAUUAAAGAUCAAGAAAGAAAUAUUAGAGAGCAUCAACAAUUAGUUUUCACGUUUUUUCAAAAUUCCUUACAAUUGUUCAAUCUCAUAAACACAAAAGUUCAAAAUGAUGCUCUUCGUUAUACACAAGGUUAUGAUAUUAAUGACAACACUCCCAGGGCUAAAAAAUUGACCUCUGAAGGUUAUGGGAAUAUUAUUCUGUCGGUUUUUGACGGAGAGCCUUACGAUUCAUGGCAAAUAAAGCUACUAGCCAGAAAAAAUGGACUUACUCUUAGUAGAUCUAACAAAUUCCAGUGGGAGAAUUUUCCGGGGUAUCAUCACAGAAGAACAAAUAGUGAACAAGAUACCACGAAACCUGCGAAGGAGCGUGAUGCUAGGUUUUACAUCUUUAGUAAAUAUCUCUCAGGCAGUUCAAAACAUAACCGUAAAAAUAAAAACGGAUCUGAUUCUGAUUCUGACUGA